CGCUCACCGUGCCUCAUGUCGUGCCGAUUCCCAGAUUUGUGUUCACGGCACGGGUGGGCCGGGCCGGAAUCGUGCCGGGCCCGUGCCGCCCGCGUGCCGGCCCGUACCUAGCUCUCUUUUUCUCAAGUUCUCAACAUAUUACCUUGCAAUGUUACUCAGAAAAACCUUUAAAGAACAAAAAGCUCCAUUGAAGCGGAUUGCGAGCUUCCUCUACUCCAUUGAAGCGUAGAAAAUUGUCAUUUGGUAACUGUUUCUGAGUGAAAGAUAUCCAUUCAGGAUGAACCCAAGUACAAAAGCAAACUUACACGACGAAAGCAUCAAAUCUGAUCAAUCAUCAUCCUUGCCAUCUCAACAGCCACCACCACCAGUUCAUCAAAAUGAUGCAGAUGAGGAGGAUGAGAGUGUGAAGCAACUUGGAGAUUGCUCAUCUUUGUACUUGUCGUUACAGGAUUGUCUGAUUAAAACCGACAGAAACUGGAAAUCGUGCCAAAAGGAGGUUCAAGCUCUUAAGGCAUGCAGCGAAAGGAAGAAGCAAGAGAAGUGACAAAUGUUGUUGCACUAGAGGAGAUCAGGAGAUCAUAUAUUGAAGUAGCAAUGCUCAUUUGUUGCUCUUUAAGAAGCUCAAGUUUGUCAAGCAACUGAUUGCAAGCAAGAUUUUAGGGCACGAAGGUUCAAACGUAGUUUGCCUUUCCCAUUGUUUCGAUGCUAAUGGAUGAAUGAUUUUUCUCCUCUUGCAAUUUGAGCACAAUGUGAAGUUGGCAUGUUUGCAAUGCUUUAUUUGAUAGAACUUGAGAGUGUCACUCACUCAGGUGGAUAACAAGUUAACAACAGUGGUUGGUUAAAAUUACUGUAUUGCAUUAGAGGAAAUAAGUCUAAAUUAAUGUUCUUGGUUAUUCAUCUAUAAGGUGUUGAUUGGACAACAUUGGUUUUUCUUUAGGGUCAAGAGCGGCUUGAAAGACAGUGAUGUAAAUUGGAUAGGAUUUUAAAUGAUUCGUCUAUCCUCAAGGUUAUUAAUUAUAUAAAGUGAA